CUGAAUUUUGUAGUGAAAUGUCACAUGUUUCUGCCUUUCAAACUAACUAACAUUUCUGUGCAUCCAAAUACAUCAUUCAGGUGUUUGUUUAAAUUUGAUUUUGGGGAGGAGGGAGGGCAGUUUUCUAUGUAAUACUUUUUUAUUCAUGUAGUUUUAAAUGUAAAAUGCCUCUAGGUUGCCCUAUUGUGUUGAUGUGGGGGCAGUUCAUUCAUAUGUAACACUACAGUCACUGAGGACUGGAAUUUAAUAUAAAUCUUAUUUAAAAUUAUUAAAUACCACAUGGUGUUGUGUUAUUUUUACACACCCACACCCACAAGUGGUGGUUAUGUCCUGUCAUGUAGAUUACCAUGGUUAGGCAGUGAUCUCGAGAUCACUGAUUUCUUGAGGUACCAGCUUGGGUAGAAGGUGUCAGGAACAGAGCAGACUGCAAUUCCCACCUCGCGGGAGGCAUGUUAAGGUUAAGGGCACGAUGAGUCAAAUUGCCUGAAAGGUACCAGGCAGGGUUACCAGUUUGUUCUUUAAAAAGUUUCUUUCAAUUUUUACUUUAUGUUCAGUGGCAACAGCUUUUAUUUGGAUUUACCCAAAGUUGCACCAGUUUUUAAUGGAGAAUUUUAAAUUUUAGUUAGCAGUCUGGCCUUUAUAAUGUAUAAUACCACAAAAAAAGUGGAGGCUAAAAUCUGGGUCAAUGAUGCACUGCAAACACUUAAAAUUAGAAGGUUUGUUCAAAUUUGUUUUACUAUCUGAGAGGGUAAAUCCAUGUAAUAUUUGUUAAGUUGGGAAAGUUCAGUUUAAAAGGUAGUUUUUGAGAAACUUAAACUCACUGGAAGCUCAUUCUCAUUCAUAAUUUGCACAGCCAAUUUGAUUUAUAUAGAAGCACCCAGGCACGUGAAAGGAAUACAAAUCUCUCUUUGAAGUCAUCAAAUAGACACUCCACUCCUUUGUACUAUGAGAGGAACUGAUGAGAAAUAUGUGCAUUAUGUUAUGCCUGAUCGCAGAUUGACUAGCAUAGUCUGAAAAGAGGCUGUGGAUGGUGAGAGCAAGAUCAGCCUAAUUGCUCUCCCUGCAUCAGCAGCAUCUAUAGAGCAUCCUGGGAAUUGCUUGCCCUACGAUCUGAGCAGCUGGUCACAUGAGUCUGAAUUUUCAGUUCAGUUCAUUAGUCAGCCAUUUUGGUCAACACCCUGCUUGCUGCGCACAACCAAUCCUAUUAGCACUCUGUGUCCUGGCUUCUCUGGGGGAGAAAGAGACUAGUAGUGAUUCUAGAAUUCUAUCUAUUCCUAUAGACUUAGAUUAUUUUGGUUUUUCUUUUCUUAGUUUUGGUAACUAGCAAAGGAAGCUUUUUCUUUUAUGCAGUGACCAGGUUUUCUGUGGUUGUUUAGGAUUAAUAGCAUCUAGCACAGCUGAAGAAAGAUAGUUGGUGAAGAGAAAGGAGGAGGAAACUGAAGAGGAGCAUCAUUUAUACCUUGCUGUAUAUAUGAAAAAGAUUUUGCAGUUUGUGUGAUUUGAGCAUAUUUGUUCCUACACAGCAAGGUAUUUCUUAUUAUCUUCCUCAGAAGGUUUUUCCUUUUAGUUCUUUUUUGUUGUGCCAGCUGAGUCAUCAUGUCUGCCUUGACGCCUCAAAGCGAUAUGCCAACCCCCACUACAGACAAGAUCACGCAGGCUGCCAUGGAGACCAUCUAUCUUUGCAAAUUCCGAGUGUCAAUGGAUGGAGAAUGGCUCUGCCUGCGCGAGCUGGAUGACAUCUCACUUACCCCCGACCCAGAACCUACCCAUGAAGAUCCUAAUUAUCUCAUGGCUAAUGAACGCAUGAACCUGAUGAAUAUGGCGAAACUGAGUAUAAAGGGGUUGAUUGAAUCAGCCCUUAAUCUGGGCAGAACACUAGAUUCUGACUAUGCACCUCUUCAGCAGUUCUUCGUAGUGAUGGAACACUGCCUUAAACAUGGCUUGAAAGCCAAGAAGACUUUUCUGGGACAAAAUAAGUCGUUUUGGGGAGCUCUGGAGCUGGUAGAGAAGCUUGUUCCUGAAGCUGGAGAGAUCACAGCAAGUGUUAAAGAUCUGCCGGGGCUUAAGACGCCUGCGGGUAGAGGAAGAGCCUGGCUUCGCCUGGCCUUAAUGCAGAAGAAGCUUUCAGAAUACAUGAAAGCUUUGAUUAACAGAAAGGAUCUUCUCAGUGAAUUUUACGAGCCUAAUGCUCUCAUAAUGGAAGAGGAAGGUCACAUAAUUGCUGGCCUCCUAGUAGGGUUGAAUGUCAUUGAUGCAAACUUCUGCAUGAAAGGAGAAGACUUGGAUUCACAGGUUGGAGUUAUUGAUUUUUCAAUGUACUUGAAGGACACGAACAGCAGUAAGGGCAAUGAAGGAGAUGGUCAGAUAACUGCUAUUCUGGACCAGAAAAAUUAUGUAGAAGAACUCAAUAGACACUUAAGUGCCACUGUAAACAAUCUGCAGGCAAAGGUGGAUGCUUUAGAAAAAUCCAACACUAAACUUACUGAGGAGCUUGCAGUUGCAAACAACAGGAUUAUAACACUGCAAGAAGAGAUGGAACGAGUUAAAGAAGAAAGUUCUUACCUCUUGGAAAGUAAUCGUAAGGUAACUAAGCAAGACAGAACUGCAGAUGGACUUGCACUGAACGAAGCACGGAAACAGUUAAAGGAGGAGACUCAGCUACGGCUGGAUGUAGAAAAAGAACUAGAGGUGCAGAUUGGAAUGAGACAGGAGAUGGAGCUGGCCAUGAAGAUGCUGGAAAAAGAUGUUUGUGAGAAGCAGGAUGCACUAGUGGCACUCAGGCAGCAACUAGAUGAUCUCAGGGCACUAAAGCAUGAACUCUCCUUCAAGCUGCAGAGUUCAGACCUGGGAGUGAAACAGAGGAGUGAAUUAAACAGCCGUUUGGAGGAGAAGACAAAUCAGAUGGCUGCUACUAUUAAACAGCUUGAACAAAGAUUGCGACAGGCAGAGAGAGAACGUCAGUCUGCUGAGGGGGACAACCGGCUCUUCAAGCAGGAAUUUGGUGACAAGAUCAACAGUCUUCAGAUGGAAGUGGAACAGCUCACCAAGCAGCGGGGUCAACUUGAACAAGAAUUGAAACGGGAAAGAGACAGAUGGUCACCAAUCCACCAGGGUAUCCAAGAAAACAAAAUCACAGUAGCCCAAGGCAAGGGCUGCCAGAAGAUGCAAUUAAAAAUGGAUGGAAAGCAGAAAAUCCAGGAAGAAAAUGCCAGACUGAGAGAGCCUGGAAGAGGGGGAAAUGCUGUUCUUCCAAACAAGAUACAGUCUGUCAUACAAGAAGAGCAGGAACUGCCAUCUGGACCUGGAAAAUCACAGAUAUGCCAGCUGUGCCAAGAGGAAGGCAGUCUCACCAAAACAAAGAACAUUUGCAAGAACUGUGGCGGAAUCUUCUGUGAGGCCUGUUCAGCUAAUGAACUGCCCCUUCCAUCCAGCAUUAACCCAGAGUGUGUUUGCAACACAUGUCACAAACAGCUGAUACAGCAGUAUUCGACAAGCCCAUUGUAGGACUCCGCAUGUGAGACAGUGAUGACCAAUCAAGGCUUGGUCCAGCUAUAAAAUCUUGUAGCUUAGGUCUCGGGUCUGAAGCUGUUCAGGCGAGUUUCUGGAGAAGAAGCUCUCUUUUCCCUCUGCUCUUGCAAGGUCAAAGAGCGAAAGUACAUUAUUAUGUUCACAUUCUCUCACAACUGUCAAUUUAAAAUGCUGGUCCAAGCCUUCCUUAAGGAAAACAUCCCCACUUUCAUGCAUGAGCUGCUGGGCGAAGAACUGUUCAGAGUUUCGGGUCAGAGUAGCCUUAAUACAUGUACCAUGGCAACUACAAGAGGUAAAAACGCAUGUACGAAGGUUUACUUAAAUGCUUUGUUUGAAGGCAAAAUGGAAUGAAACAGAUGAUAACCGAAACAAAGAACGAGAAGGUAUUUUUCACCAGCAUCUGUGGCUCUGCUUAAAACACCACUUUCCCUUUUCCCUUCUGUCCUUGCAGUUCUACUGAACUGUGAUGCUCCAGUUCAAAGAGAAAAAUCCCACAAAAGAACUGGGAAUUAAACGUGUGGGGCACAUUGUUACUCAAUUCAGUCCUCUCUUGGACUCCAGUUUGGUUGUGUGGAGUAACAUCAACAGUUGCGGGGAAAGAUUUAAAAGAUUUGGGGGUUAUUUUUUUGAAGUGUGUGUGAGAUAUGAGAAUUGAAUAGCAGCCAUUUGGCUCAGCACAGUAUGCUUGAAAGUUCUCAUAGCAAAAUACUCAAACAUUAUUUAAAUACAACUUUUUUUUUUUGUUUGGGGGGUAAAAACAGACACCUCUGAACUUUAUAGGGGAGGUUCUCAUUGUGACUUAUGGUAGCUGUGACAUUCUAAAGACUAUAAGUCUGUUUUGUCUUGACCUGAUAAUUAGAGGAUGCAUCUUGAUUCCAAAAUAUUUAAAUUGGGGGGGGGGGGGGGGGAAAAAAAAAAACCCAACAACCUCGUCUUUAUUUAAACAGAACAUUUAGAGGCAUGUUUGUACAUUCUGUCCAACAGACCGUUCCUACUAAUGUCGUGCACAUUAAUCAGCUGUUCAAGCAGCAAAUGUGUUGUUUUUUAUUAAAAUAUAGUCAUAACUGAUCAUUUUUUAGCCACAAGGAGGAGUGGCUGCUAGCAGGAGGCUCAAAUGUGCUAAUCUGAAAUUCACUUUCAAAUAGGUUUUAUGGUUCAUACAAAGAUAAUCUGACAUAGUAAGAUGUCGUCAUAUUUAAGGUUUCUCUGCUACACCAAAAGAUAACACCUUCCUUCUGAAGUACACAGCCACUUGUACCUCUCUCUGAGGGCUCCAGCCUCCCCCCAUACCAAAACUGCAAAAUUACAAAUGCUGGUAUGCAUCCCUCCCCAAAGAGAGGGGCUUAGUUUAUUUGGCCUACUUUGUAUUGGAAACCUAACUGAACCAUUAAGACCACAGAAUGUAUUGUAAUCGUUCAAAAACUGACUUAUGUAUAUUUAUAUGUAUUUGGGGGUGUUGCAUUAAUUUUUGUACAAAUCUAUAUUUAGGGAAACCUGGUUUAUUUCUCUAAAGGUGAUUAUAUGCAAAUUAAAUCUGUUAGAACUACAUUGAAAGUGUGUAGAUAAGUUCAGGCCACUUGAUUGGGCCAGUGAUGGUGAUCAGUAUAUAAUCUAGUCUGACUCCCUCACCUGACUGCAGGGAACUAGUGGGGCCUCUUUCAUAGGAGCCAACAGGAGGGAGUGAAUGGGACUCAGGAAAGUAGGGAGAAUAGAGAGGAAAACAUUACAAGAGCAAUUUGAAAUGGUUUCUUAACUAUUAUUUUAAGGGGGAAAUAUUAGAAUAUCUUCCUGCAAUUGACUAUAGCAACUUCUCAGGAGGAAUUACAAAAUAAGGUAGCUUUGUGUUUGGAAUCUAAGUGGGAAAUAGGGUGCUUUCAUAUGUUCAACUUUCUAUUUUCCAGGAAGACAGUUUUUUAAUUAGGGUCACCAGUGCAGAGUCAGGGACAGCACUUUGACUGGAAAAGAUACUUGACUAAUAGAUCUUUUAUCUGAAGGUGAGGUUGAUGGCUUGUGCAGGGAGGAUAUUCAAUAUGCAUAUACUGUACAAAUCUACAGGAUUUAAAAUCUAGUGGAGUUGGUUUUGUUUUUCUGCUAGUCAGAGUAGAAAAUGUAAUUGUAAGCCAUUCUGAGAGCAUUUGGAUAUUAUAGUACUUAAUUUUCAUGUGUCAAUGCUGACAUGUCUAUAUUCCCUUGUGAGUGUGAUUAGAAGCUCCAAGAUGGUAGCUAAUUCCUUGGUUGCCUUUAUACCUUUUGAUCUUCACACAAAGGAAACUUGCUGCUACCCUUCUUAAAUACUAAUGCUGCAAUUGUAAAGUCUCCAUUUUUAAAAGCAGGAUAUAGUCACAUAUAUAAACAAGUUUUCCCAGUUACAUAAAAUCCACUGGGCUCAACAGCUUAAGUUUACUUCAGCCAUGAGGAGUUAGUAACAUAUUUGUGUACAUCUGAGAUUCAGGAAGAGAACUAAAAUUUAAAUGUCAGAAUUGCAAUCUGAGCUCCAAGAUGGCUCCUACAUAGGUCCUCUGUCAUCCUCAGUAUUAAAGACUUGUAAAUGCAGUGCUGGCUACAGUACUGUACACAAUGUUGAAUACCAUGUAUAAGGGAAAUUCUUCAAGCAUGUUUGUUCUGAUAUUGUUUGUAGGUGUAGCCCUGAAAGCUAAGUGGGAGGGGGAAGGUAUUUUCUGGCCCACUUGUUCCACACAAAAUAAAGCUGUUUAAAGAAUA